AUGGCGGCGCGAGGAAAUUAUCGGGCAUCUAUUCAAUUUCCAAAUGCUCACAGCGAUGGCAUCUGGAGUACGUUUUGGACGUCCAACGAUAAGAUUUUGACUGGAUCCGUGGACGAAGUCGCCAAGUCUUGGGAUGUUAUGGAAAAUGCUGUGUCUAUCUCGCAGCAAUACCCAGGCCACGUGCUGGGCACAAUUUCCAUCGUGGGCAAUAAAGCAGGUACACACGCGGUCACAAGCUCUUUAGACUGCCAAAUUCGUCUAUUAAACCUUGAAUCGGGCGCUGUGGAGAAGACGAUUGAUGCCGGGCCUGGUGAGCUUUGGCAACUAGCCUACAGCCCUGAUGAGACUCAACUCGUGUCAGGUAGCCAGCAAAGUAAAAUCAACAUCUUUGACAUUCAAGCAGAGAAGAUUGUGCAUGAAAUUCCAACUCAAGCAAAGUUUGUGCUCAGUGUUGCUUAUUCUCCAAAUGGAAAACAUGUGGCGUGUGGUGGGUUUAACGGCUUUGUUGGCGUAUAUGACGUAGAGUCUGGCGCGUUGGUCCACAAGUAUGACGACCGCACCAAACCCGUGCGCUCUGUGGCGUACGCGCCAGAUGGAAGAUUGUUUGCUGCAUCAGAUGAUAUGCACAUUAACGUCUACGAUGUAACUCACGGCAAUGCAGUUGCUACUCUGUCUGGUCAUGUUUCCUGGGUGUUAAGCGUUGCCUGCUCGCCAGACGGCGCUCAAUUUGCGACAGGGGGUGCAGACCGCCGCGUCAAGAUUUGGGAUAUUGGCACAAGGCGUUGUUUGACCACCUUUGAAACGCAUACGGACCAGGUGUGGAGCGUUGCGUACAACUCUUCGGGAUCGCGACUCGUGUCGGGUGGUGAUGAUGCGCUAUUGCAAGUUUACGAGACUGCUGCAAGCAUUUGA